AUCAUCUGCGCUUGCUGCUUUUCUUUUUUUCUUUUUUUAAGGAGGAGAGAUGGAGUGAUAUAAAUACAGCCCAUUGUGAGGCAUCAUUUGAAACCUCAGCAGCUCAGCAACAUCCCACCUUCACAGAAUGUAUCUGUUUUCAUUUAUUCUUGGAGCUGUGCUUCUUCCUGAAGCCUCUGCCCUGAAAUGUCGUGAAUGUCCCUUGGGUGCAGAACACAAGAAUGCACUGCAGGUUUACAGUGUUCUGCUAUGAGGGUUACUGCCUAUGCAGGUGGUAAUAAACUCGCUGACAUGAGCAUGAAAGGUUGUGGCCCACGGGAACAGUGUUUCCAGGGUUCAGUGAACUUUGGACUUUCAAGGACUGCUUUGACCACCAAAUGCUGCUCUACCGAUCUCUGCAAUGAUCAACCUUAACCUGAACACAGCCGUUCUGAUCCAAAUGGCAAAAAAUGUUUCACUUGUGAUGGACAACAGUGCACUGGGACACUGAAGUGCUUGGGGAAUGAGGACCACUGCAUCUCAGCAACAGCAAAGUCAGGAGGGAGGAAGAUUUCACUGAAGGGCUGCGCCUCCCAGGAGAUAUGCUCUGCCAUAAAUUUCCCAGGAGCGGCAGAAUUAGCUGGAUAUGACAUGAAAUGUUGUGAAGGUGAUUUCUACAACAGUGGCAGUAGCACAAGUGCUGGCCUGCUGGUGUUGCUGGUGCCGCUGAUCUCUUUGGUUUUGUUUUCCUAGGAAAUGAAACCAGUUUUGUUCUUGUCACUUCUGAACAUAAUCCUUUGUUUAUUCUCUAAAAUGAUGCUUAACUUGUAGUGGGUGGAGGGAGAAUUUUAUUUCCUGUAAUAAUUAUAUGACUAAUUUCAAUUUUAAAAAAUGUAUUCCAUUUGAUUUUAACUGCAAGACACAUUUCAUUUGCUGUUCUUACUUUGCAUGUUGCCGUCUCUUCACGGCAAUACAACAAAAUAUGAAGUUUUAAAUUAUUUUUAAAAAAUUUAAUCUUUUGAAAGUGAAAUUAAUAAAAGCUUUGAAAGCGUA